CCUUCCCCGAGCGGGCGCCGCCCGCCGCCGCGCCCUGCCCGCUGCUCUUCCGCGUGGACCCCUUCACGGACUACGGCUCAGCGCUCACCAUCUCCCUGCCCGCGUCGCUGGAGCCGCACCAGCCCUUCCAGGUCAUCAUCCGCUACAUCACGGUGGAUGCGCCGGCGAUCUGGUGGCUGGAUCCAGAGCUGACGUAUGGUAACUCCAAGCCGUUUGUCUUCACCCAAGGCCAUUCCGUGUGCAACCGCUCCUUCUUCCCCUGCUUUGACACCCCAGCUGUGAAAUUUACCUACUCUGCUAUUGUCAAGGCUCCUGCGGGUAUGCAGGUCUUGAUGAGUGCUACCCAAAGCACCUACGAGGAACAAGAGGGCGUGUACCAGUUCUACAUGGAGUACCCCAUUCCCGCUUAUCUGGUGGCCUUGGUGGCGGGGGACCUUGUACCUGCGGACAUCGGCCCUAGGAGCAAAGUGUGGGCAGAGCCGUGCCUGCUGCCGACAGCGAUCGAGAAACUUUCGGGUCGGGUGGAGCGCUGGCUCAGUGCUGCAGAGAGGCUCUACGGCCCCUACAUGUGGGGCAGGUACGACAUCGUUUUCCUUCCCCCCUCGUUCCCCAUUGUGGCUAUGGAGAAUCCAUGCCUGACCUUCAUCAUCUCCUCCAUCCUGGAGAGCGAGGAGUUCCUCAUCAUCGACGUCAUCCACGAGGUGGCCCACAGCUGGUUCGGCAACGCGGUCACCAACGCCACCUGGGAGGAGAUGUGGCUGAGCGAGGGUCUGGCCACCUACGCCCAGCGACGCAUCACCACGGAGACGUAUGGUACUGCCUUCACGUGUCUGGAGACUGCCUUCCGCCUGGAUGCUCUUCACAGACAAAUGAAGCUUCUUGGCGAGGACAACCCUGUCAGUAAACUUCAGGUGAAGCUGGAGCCAGGUGUGAAUCCAAGCAAUCUGAUGAAUCUGUUCACAUAUGAGAAAGGUUACUGCUUUGUUUACUACCUGUCCCAGCUCUGUGGAGAUCCAGCGCACUUUGAUGCCUUCCUCCGGGCCUACAUUGAGAAGUACAAGUUCACUAGCGUCGUGGCCCAAGAUCUCUUGGAUUCCUUCCUGGCUUUCUUCCCAGAAUUGAAAGAACAAUGCAUCGAUAGCAAAACAGGACUAGAGUUUGAACGCUGGCUCAACGCGACAGGCCCUCCUUUGAUGGAGCCAGACUUAUCUCACGGAUCCAGUCUGACCAGCCCAGUGGAGACGCUCUUCAGCCUCUGGACCACGGAGCCCUUGGAUGUCGCGGCUGCCGCUAGCAGCGUCAACAUCGCGGAGUGGCGGACGUUCCAAACGGUGCUUUUCCUGGACCGGCUGUUGGAUGGGUCACCCCUGCCUCAUGAGGUGAUUUCGAAGCUCUCAGAGUGCUACUCAGCCCAGCUGGACGGCAUGAAUGCAGAGAUCCGUAUCCGCUGGCUGCAGAUCAUUGUCCGCAAUGACUACUACCCAGACCUUUACAAAGUCCGGUGCUUCUUGGAAAACCAGAUGUCGCGGAUGUACACAAUUCCGCUGUACGAGGACCUCUGCACUGGCACCCUGAAGUCCUUUGCCUUAGAAGUUUUCUACCAGACCCAGAACCAGCUGCACCCCAACUUGCGGAAAACGAUCCAGCAGAUCUUGGCCCAGGGUUUGAACCCGCUGCUUGCCAUGGACGCCGCGGCUGUGGCUGCCGAUGCCCCAGCCGCAGGGCGCGAGGACAAACCUCCCGAAGCUGCACACGGUGCCAUUUCUCUCAGGGACGUGAAUGUGUCUGCGUAGCUCAUCGGCUCAUGCCGGGUGUUUGAAGCUGGAGCAGGGAGGACGGGGGGAACGACGCUCCCGAAGCCCUGCCGCCUUUUCCUUUGUGCCACAGCUGCCGGGGGACCGGAUCGCCUGACCUCUUCCCAUACGCAAGUGCCCGAAUGUGCCUUCAGGUGCCCGUAGCAGGGGCACGGUCCGCUAUCAGGGAUGCCUCUCCUCCCAGCUGCCAGCCGGAGCUGUUACGGGAUGGGCUUGGCGCACCAUGAAUGUGAAUUCCAGGGGGACCGUCGUUCUCCCACUGCAGAUGGAAGGAGUUCUGGUCCAGCCACUUGGCCGGUGAUCUGCCCUCCUGACCUUGAGAGAGACGGUCACUGCUGGCCGCAUGCUGUCGAGGAAGGAAGGGACAGCAGCGACUGGGGUCGUGGAGAUCGGAAGGCGAGGCGGCGCUCAGCCGGGAACGUCGUCUUACGAAAACAAAGGAAGUGGCAGGGGGAUCUGUUUUGUCUUGUGCUCUUUACUGUGUGAUUCAGGAUGUGGACGAUCUUGAGUAAUUACGAAUCUCUUUGAAGCAGUGCCUGCUUUUUGUCAAGGUGUCGGAGGUUAGGAGACCGGGUUCGGUUCCACCGUGGCCUUCUCCUUGGGAAGGGGCUUGAUGUCGGAGGUCUGCUGAGCUGCAGCGGGGCGGUGGGACCCUCUCUUCCGCUCGGCCUUCACCGGUGCUCUGUGAAGACGUAAGGUGACGCGCGUCCCUGCCUCUUGUCCAAACUGAGCGGGAGAACGGGCACAGUCCAGCAGCAGCUUUCCACGUGUGUGAUUGUGCAAUCCGUAUGCAUUUUCAAAGGGGCUGGCACAAGAGGAGAACCUGAUGGAUUGUGUCUCUGGUCUCAUGGUGCCUACCAAAAAUAACAACAAUAACAAUAACAAUAGUGAUGAUGAUAAUGGGAGGAGUGAGGCUCACCUUUUCGUUUCAGAGAUGCCUGCCCUGUACUCAGAUAGGGUUGUGCCUUCCCGAGAACUUGGUUGACGUCUCUCUCUGGAUGGGAAAAUGGCUGGUUUGACAUUGGGGUUCUUUCGAGCCCCUGUUUUGGAUUCAGAGUGGCGUAGCCCAGCAGCCACGUUCCGCUGCUGUGCGGUUUGCAGAAGCAUCUCCUUCCUGGCCCUGAGGCAGAGAGGAGGGAGAGACCUAGCAGCGCCCCUCUGAUGCGGAGGAGCUGGCUCAAACGGCCUUUGGAGAAGCCCCGUGAAGCACUGCCACACCUUUUAGGGCAUGACCAAAGGGAGACAAAAGGGUGCAGGGCCAGGCUGUGGGAAGGGCUGAGUUUUCCAUGCCUCUCUGAGGGCAAUUUGCACCGGCCAGAGAGCUGACGGUUGAGUGACGGGCCUACAGAAAGGCUCCCAAGAAAAGAAAAGUGGCAAAAGCGCUGGGAAUCGUCCUUUAGAAGUACGGGGCGGUGCAGGAGCAGGUGUGCAUUUAAAUGAAGAGACAGGCAUGCUCAGCGUCCACGUGGCACAUGGUGGUGGCCAGGAGGCGCUCAUGCUUGCUGCAGUAGCCCUGCAAAUUGCCAGGGGGGGUUUCGUCCCCGUGCAGUCAGGAACACGCAGCACUUUGCCCGGGGAGCUGCAGCGGGGCCUCCUUGUACGUUUGGACACACAGCCCCCCUUUUACAUGCCUUCCCAGCUACUGCCCAAAGUGCUGCGGAAUUUGCUCCUCCUGUGAGCCUCAGUGUUCAGCAGGAACUGCGUUCCUGUGACCCCUUCUGGGGAAGAACCACAGCUGCCUCACAUUCAGGACGGGCAGGGAUGGGAAAUUCCUAGCAGUGCUUGGCCUUUCACAAAGCAUGUCCGGCUGCGGGCAGGCAGAGGGGCUUCCUCCUGCCUCCUCAUUUCCACUCCCCCGUCCCUUCUCCGCCUUUCACCCUCUUUCCAUUCCAUGUCCUUCCUGGCUUCAGGGAUAAAGCAAUAAUGAACUUGUUCCUCAGAAAGAUGCUUCAUCAGUCUAGGCAAGUUCCACUCUCCUUCACAACAGGGAUUAAUUUAACGAGGAGGGAGUAUCACAACACCCCGCCCCAUUCAUAACACGGCAGGUAAUUGGCCCAUUUUGGUAUGCAGCACCUUUGAGACAGGUUUCCGCCUGGAAGAGACCAGCAGCCACGAGUCUUGUCCUCUUGCCACCUUAGGCCUGUUUAUCACCUUUUUAUUUCCAAAAGAAUGUAUGUAACCCUAACGGGGAUUCCUUUUCAAUGUACUUGGAUGCCUUACAAUAACAUCACUGAUAAAAGUUGAAAUAAACUAAACUUGGUGACUUUC